AUGGACAUCAUUAAAGAAUUGGCACGGUUUUAUAAUGAAGAACAACUUAAACAUGUGAUAAACCAUCUCCAGAGGAAGAUAGACAAGCAGAAUUUAGAUAAUAGAUGGAAGGAUGCUUUGGCAACCCUCGAAGAUGAAAGUCGAUCGAGACCACCUUCGAAAUUCAAGAACAAACAAAGAAUUCGUAAGGAAACCCUAACCUUAAAUAACCCAUCUCACCAUGGGAGAUAUCGACAACCUCAGGAACGGAAUGUGACCAAUUUUAAGGAAGAUGACGAAUGGUCCGUCGAAACUUUUACCGAUGAACAGGAUGCAUCCAAUUGCAAAGAAGCACAAGAGGAGGAUAAAUGGCCGGUCGAGAGGAUUACCAAUGAACAAUGUAGGGACAUAGAAGUUAAGCUACAAGAAUUACGCAAGGAAGUCAAAGUUCUUGAGCCGACGGUAAAGAACAAAAAAUUUCCUGUCAAGAAACGAUAUCAAGAAGAGUGGUCCAUUGCGGGACAAUGGUGUGCACCAUGCAAGAGUCGUUCCGAAGAACAUCAUGCACACACAAUUUGCACCGAAUGUGGAAUGCUCUCCGAUAAAAUUCGAUAUCCUUUCGUUGAUAAAUGCGCGUGCAAGGAUAGGAAUGCCGGUAAAUUCAAGAAUGAUAACAAAUUCGCCAAAUUUAAGAGGAAAAAGAUGGUGAAUAGUUGA